AUGUCAAGUAUAUACAAGUUAUCCAUAAAGGGGAUUCGAUCGUUUGAACCUGAAUCUGACGAGACAAUUCAGUUUGGUUUCCCAUUGACUUUAAUUUGUGGCCAGAAUGGAUGUGGAAAAACUACUAUCAUAGAGUGUCUACGAUAUGCAACUACCGGUAACUUGCCCCCAAAUUCCAAAGGUGGAGCUUUUGUUCAUGAUCCGAGUCUCAGCUCUCGAACUUCGGUCACAGGACAAGUGAAAGUGGCAUUUAAGAACGCCAAUGGUAAGUCAAUGAUCACAACGAGGUCAGUACAAGCAAGUAUCAAGAAUACGAAAACUGUCGGUGCGAGCACCAUCACUUUCAAAUCGAUGGAAGGGCAGCUAGCUUACAUUGAAAACGGUAAGAAAACAAGUAUAUCCUCGAAAAAUGCCGAACUAGACUCACAGAUUCCUAUUUUCUUAGGCGCAUCAACGGCCAUAUUGGAUAAUGUGAUAUUUUGUCAUCAAGAUGAGAGUUUGUGGCCGCUAAGUGAAGCAUCUGUUUUGAAAAAGAAGUUUGAUGACAUCUUUGAAGCAUCGAAAUUUACCAAAGUCAUUGACAGUUUGAAAAGUAUCAAAAAGGAUAUGGCCACUGAUAUCAAAUUGAUUGAACAAAGUGUGAACCAUUUGAAAAUUGACAAGGAUCGAGCAAAAAAAGUUCGACACCGGUUGGAGGAGAUGAACCAUUCGGUCGAAACAUUCACUGCGGAAAUCAGUGAGUUGAAUAUUCAAAUUGAGCAGAAGGACAUUGAAGCGGAAAAGUUAUUUGCAACAAAUCAAGAAUUUCAAAAAACGUUGAGUGAUUAUGAGAAUUUGUUGAUGAAGAAAGCUUCACUUGAAGAGACUAUUGAAAGGAUCAAGAACUCGAUUGAAAUCUUGCCAGAUAGCGACGAGGAGCUACUUCACAAGCAAGAGAAUUUUGCAGCAAUUGUAGCUGCGAAUAAGAAAUCAAUUGAAGAUUUGCAAAAAGUUGAAACUGAUCUAAACUCCAAUUUGAAAUCGAAAACGGAAGAGUAUAAUGAGAUGAUUAGGUUGGAUGGUUCGCUCAAAGCCAAGAAGGCAGAAUAUGAUGCGAAUAAGGAUAAGAUGGCAAAGUUGACGAAGGAUAAUGCGUCGGAUGUGGGGAUUCAAGCUGGAGGCAAUGAGACGAAACAGUUCAACGAAUUCAAAGACGCUAUCGCUGCCAAACUUCUUGAGGCGCAGAGCCAUCAAAAAGAAUUGACCCAAACCAAUAAGUCAAUUGAAGCUGAAAAGCAGAAACAAGUUAAAGGAGUCGAAGACGAAAUUAUCAAGCAUGAACAAUCGUUGGAAUAUAUCGAUAACGAUUUGCAAAAAGCUCAGCAUAGCUUGACUCAGUUCAAAAGGCGAUUGGAGGCUUCGUCAAAUGAUGAGUCUCAAUUGUCAUUAAAAAAAGAGGAGUUGGUUGCGAUAACAAAGGAGCUCGAGAAUAAAAAGAGUAAAAACGAGGUGGAAGAACUCGAUGUGAAGAUUACCAAAAGUAAUGCUGAAAAUGCAAAACUUGAAUUUGAAUUGGAUGAGAUUUCGAAAAGGAUACUGACAAGUAGUAAACAAUCUGAAUGCAGGACAAAUAUCAAGUAUUUGGAAAACGAAAUAAAGUUAAAAGAGGGGGAAAUGGGCAAAAUUGUUGAAAAAAUCAAGAAUGACUACAAGAAAGUGGUGGGGUGUGAUAUUGAUCUUGACUUUGCGGAGCCCAAACUCGAGGAGCGGUAUGAAGAAUUGAAACUGGAGGUUGAUCGACAACAAAAGAAGGUUUAUGGACUACAAAGCGAAAUUGGCUCGAUGAAGGCUUCAAGACAGAGUAUCUUGGAUAACAUAUCCCAAAACUCAAAUAAAAUUGACGCAUUGAAAUCAAAAAUUAUGGAAGUCAUUCAAGAAUCGGAAAUCGACGAGUAUGAAAGCAUUUUACGGGAUUUGGAGGAGGAUUACAGAAAUGUAACUGAGGAUGUAAAUACGUCUGAGGUGACAAAAAGCUACGGUAAAUCGGCAUUGGAAAUGGCUGAGAAAAACAAAUGUUGUUUACUAUGUAAGCGAAUGUUUGAUGAUCCUGCUUUGCAAAAGUUCAUCAAAGAGGUGAAACAAGGUUUUGAUGAAGAAAAGAUUAAUGAAGUCAAGAAGAAUGCUGAAGAGAUUGGGAAGGAGCUUGAUGCUACAAAGAGCAUAAGCUUGAAAGUGCUCAAUUAUAGAGAAUGUGUUGCUUUGAAACCUAAGUUUGAGGAAGAGUUGAGUGCUGUGGAUAACAAAAUUAAUGUAUUGAGUGAUAUGCACAAAACGGAAACGAAAUUACUUGAGGCAAACGAACAGUCAUUAGAGUCCUCUGGCAAGUUAAGAAAGCCUCUUGAUGAUGCAUCUAGAUUGAAGCACGAAGUGCAGAAACUUGAUGCCGAAGUGGACGAUUUGAAGGACGAGUUGGCGGGAUUUGGGUCCCUUGUAGCCUCAGUGGAAGAGUUGCAAAAGCAACAAAAUGAGAUCAGGCUGACGAUUCGAGAAGUUAGGCAAAAUGUUACUAACAUCAACGAGGAGAAGUAUAAGGUGCAAAGGGAUAUACAAAAGUUGGAAAACAAGGUCAAAGACACCAAGUUGGUCAUUAGUAACCUUGAACGCUCCUUGGCGGAGGUUCUGAAUAUCAAGCGUUCUAUCGAGGACCUCGAGACGAGUGUUGCUGACUCAGAGUCUAAAGGCAAAGAAAUGCGAUCAAAGUUGCAUCUACUAAAGAGAGAUGGAGAAAAAGCGUCUCGGGAAUUGAAGCAAGCUCAAAUGGAUCAUUCUCUGGCCGAAGAUAAGAUGACAAAGAAGGUUCAAACGCUUAGCUCUUUGGUGGAAACGUUUCAAGCUCUCUUGAGCACAGUGACUGAAUUCGAGGCGGUUGGGCUAUCCCAAAUGAAAGAGAAUUUGGCCAAGAUGGGAAUCGUUGUCAAGGAAUGUGACUCCAUUAGAGCUAAAAUCGUGACAAAUACAAACGAAAUCAAGAAAUUUGAAAAGUUGGUGAUGGAUUCAUCUCGAGUCGAGCAUAAUAUCAUUGCCAAUGUUGAUUUUCGUGCUCAAAUCAGUCGUUUGGAUGAGACUGAGUUUCAACUAAAUUCAAUGGAUAUAGAAAAUGCACAAUUGCAAAAGGAGGAAUACCAACAAAACUCGAAACGCAUUCGUGAUGAAAUUUCUGACCUUUCUUCGAGGCAUGCUGGGAAAGUGGGUGAAGUUAAGCAAAUCAAGGAUCAAAUUGAAACUUUGAAGAAGGAAUUGUCAACGGAGUACAAGAAUGUUGAUGAAAUGUAUCAUGAAGAAUGGAUCAAGUUACAAACCAAUCUACUCGUAUCUAAUGACAUACAAAAUUACUCAAAAGCGUUGGAUAACGCCAUUAUGAAAUAUCACAGCAUUAAAAUGGAGGACAUAAAUCGUAUCUUGACUGAAUUGUGGUCGCAAACAUAUCAGGGAACCGAUAUUUCCACUAUUGCAAUCAAGAGUGAUGUCAGCCUUCAAGCCAAGGGCAACAGAUCAUACAACUAUCGAGUUGUUAUGGUGAAAGAUUCGAGCGAAUUAGAUAUGAGGGGUCGUUGCUCUGCAGGGCAAAAAGUUUUGGCCAGUAUCUUGAUUCGUUUGGCGUUAGCGGAAUGUUUUGGAUCAAACUGUGGUGUCAUUGCUUUGGAUGAGCCAACAACCAAUUUGGAUAGCGAAAAUGCUGAAGCAUUGGCUGCAGCGUUGAAUAGAGUCAUUGAAUACAGAAAACGACAACUGAAUUUCCAAUUGAUUGUGAUUACCCAUGAUGAAAAGUUUUUGAGCCAUUUGCGAGGUUUUACUGAUCAUUAUUAUCGAAUCGAUAGAGAUGAAAAGAGCAAGUCGAGGAUAUACAGGUUGAGCUUCGCAACGAGAUGA